CUUUCCAUUUUGAUAAUAUAUAGUACCACAAUUUGGGGCUGAGAAAAGAGCAAAAUUUGCACCUAUUACCCUUUCAGGUUGUUCUUCCACAUACAAACAUCAGAUUUGGGACUUCCCCUUUUUAGCUUCACUUCUAUAUUUCCUCAUACCUGCAACCAAAAAGCUUCCUGAUUUUUUGCCAAUUUUAAGAGAGAUGGUGAGAGGAAAAACUCAGAUGAGGCGUAUAGAGAACGCGACAAGCAGGCAAGUUACUUUCUCUAAACGCAGAAAUGGUUUGCUAAAGAAAGCAUUUGAACUUUCAGUACUUUGUGAUGCUGAGGUUGGUUUGGUUAUUUUUUCUCCAAGAGGAAAGCUCUAUGAAUUUGCCAGCUCUAGCAUGCAGGAGAUAAUAGAGCGAUAUAAGAGGCAUACUAAAGACAAAGUUCAACCUGAAAACCAAGUUGGGGAACAGAAUCUGCAGCAUAUGCAGCAUGAGGCAGCAAGUUUGAUGAAGAAGAUAGAGCUCCUUGAAGAAUCUAAAAGGAAACUCUUAGGAGAAGGUCUGCAGUCCUGUACCCUUGGAGAACUACAACAGAUAGAAAAACAAUUGGAGCGGAGUGUCAGUACCAUCCGAGCACGAAAGAUUCAAGUUUUUAAGGAACAAAUUGAACGACUAAAAGAAAAGGAAAAAAUCCUUGCUUCUGAAAAUGCAAUACUGAGGGAGAAGUUUGGUGACCUUCAACAGAGACAAGGAUCAAGUGGAGAAAAGGAAGGUGAAGCUCUUUGUACAGAGAGUAGUGAAAAAUCAGAUGUGGAGACUGAAUUGUUCAUCGGACCACCCGAGUGCAGAAUAAGGCGUCCCUUACAGAAUUAAUAUUCAAGGGUAUAUAACCAAUUGUGGAAAUAGUCUUCAUGCUAAAUAAUUGUGCAUUUUUUAGCAAGCAACUAAUAAGACAUGUUUCUUAGGCGCAGCUGAUGGAUCUUUUGAUCACUUCUGAGAUGGUUUGUACUGGGAUGUGUAUUAUAUUUUCCUUUGAUUGACACUCUUAAUUAAUAAGCUCCUCUCGCUAUGAAAUUAAGCACCUGUUUAGCUGCUUUCAUAUUUGCGGGAUUAUGUUC